AUGAGUCGACUACUGACUCCUCACAUUCGACUCGCUUGCAGAUCAGUACACUUCACAAACAUAUUAGAUUUGAAACAACUAAGCACAUAAAUAACAGAACAUAAAGUAAUAACACAGACAUUUAUCCUGGUUCGGAUGCCUACUUCCAGUCCCCUUGGGUUUCAAAGUUUCCUUAGAUCGUUGAAUUGUUGGGUACGAGUACAAUUGAUGAUGUUACAAAGUUGACUCGAUCCUACUUUUUAUAUAACAAUUGUAAACUAAAAGUUACAGAGCCUUGUAAGACUAAGAAUGAGACACUUUGAAUUUUCUCCUUGAAGUUGCGUAACCUGUGUCUGUCUUCAGUCUUCACCUUUUAUAGUCUUCGGCUGCUACUCUUUAUAAGGAAAUCCAAGAGAUUUCUUCUCAAUCAAGGAUUUAAAUUGAUUCCUUGAUUGAGGAAUGUAGACGUUUGAUAUGUCCAUAUCAGAUAUGUCCAUAUGCGGCUUUGGAUCACGUCCAUAUCAGAUAUGUCUGUGAUCUAUUCUUUCCUCCUAGUCUUGUAUAGAUUGAUGUCCAUGUGACGAUUGUAGUCUUCCUUCCUUUUGCUUUUUGUCCUGAUUUAUCUAAUCUGCUAUGAUUCUAGGAUAGUGAUCAUGAUUCUGGGAUAGUGAUUCUCCUUCCAUUUUCGAGAUGUUUGAUUGAUUUUCUUGCCAUGCUGUUUGAGUGUCAUUGCCGUGAUCCUUCUUUUUAUGAUUGGAUAUCUUUCCAUUACUGGAGCCGGCUUCCUUACUUGCUUCUUUAAUCUUUCACAAUCAGCAAUCUUCCAAUAUCUUGCAACCUUUAUCCUGCAAAGGUGGACCUGUUAGUUUGUCAUUAUUAAAACAUUACCUUAGCAGGCUAGGAGGCUAACACCUUUACAUUAGUUAAAUAAGUUAGUUUAUAUGUUGUCUCUGCUGUGUAUAGUGGGUAAGUUAAUUGUUUUAUUUGCAGCAUGAUUUUGUUUUGUUUGCAGCUUUCCUGGUUUCUUCGCUGUCUUCGAAACUCAUGGAUGAUUUGCAUGAUGUUCAUUUCCAGUUUCCUCAUUUGGAUUAUCUUGUACCAAACUUCACAAUGGCUGCAAGAAUCCUUGCUAAUUUAAUUGUCAUGGGCACUACAAUAUUGGCAAGGUCUUUUGUUCAAGCAUAUCGUCAGGCACUGGCGAAUGCCUCGAAGAAUGGGGUUGCUCAAGAAGCAGUACAGAAUAUCAAAAGAGCUAGUAAAACCAUGACUGAAGCAGAGGCAAGGCAGAUUCUCGGUGUCACUGAGAAUUCAUCGUGGGAAGAAAUCGUGCAGAGAUAUGACAAUUUAUUCGAGCGGAACGCUAAAAACGGAAGCUUUUACCUUCAAUCAAAGGUUCAUAGAGCUAAAGAGUGUUUAGAAGCAAUUCACCAACCUAAAGAACCAGAGGAAAAGUAAACAACUUUGUUCAGCAUCUUCAGUGUAUACCUCUGCUGCAUGGUUGGUUUAACCUAUAGUCAAUUUGUAGGUUUUUGUUGUGAGAAGAACUGUCAAUUCAUUUUGAUGGAGGAAGCACAUGUUUACUGUAGUGGUAUCUGGAAAUAUAUACAAAAAGCAUUGUACAAUAGCUGUAUUUAUAAAAUCUUUUUAACCACUUAUUUGACUGAUGUAAAAGAGAAUGUUAUUUCCACUCUCAUUUUCUAGUAAUAUUAGAGGGGAGCGCUCGCGCUCUGUCGAUAGCCUCCA